AUGGACGCCAGUGAACCCCGGCUGGCAGAGGAGAGGCUCGGUUUCAACGGCAGGAUCACGCAGGGUGCGGGCAAGCUUGAUUAUCAUGAUGAUGGCGAUGAUGGAGAGUGCGAGAACGAUACCGCGCCCAAACCGAGGCAGCUGCCUGACGACCUACCUACGUCACUGGAUGAUAGACGUUCUGUGCCGACGUUUGGGCCGGAGACGGAGAUAUAUGAUGCCUGGCAAGGUCAAUCCCAUUUUCUCACAAACCCCAUUCCGGCAAAGCCUCUCUCCUUUAACCUCGCGCUUGAUGAUGGAAGCCAUGAUGAAGAGUAUGGUGUCCACUCCCGAUACACCCACAACUAUUACCUCGAUGACGGCGACUCAACGACGAGGGCAGAGGCAAAAGACUCCGACGCGAGAUUGAUGGAAAUGCUGGCCGCACAGGCGGCACAUAGGGAAGUAGAGUCUGUCGGUGUAGAUGAGGAUGAUAUCGCGACGGACGAUAAGAUGUCGUACGAGGACAAGCGGGAUGUGUUACAAAGGAGUUUGAAUAUGGCAGCCAGCAAUGGCGAUGUGGAGCGGGUACGGAAGCUUGUUGGGGGGAAAGCGAGACAAUAUGUAGAUGUCAAUACUCCCGACGAGGAGGGGACGGUGCCCCUGAUAUAUGCGAGUUGCUUCGGACAUCAAGAAGUGGUGUCCGCACUGCUCGAGGCGGGUGCGAAUGUCGACAAACAAGACCGAAACCGGUGGAGCGCGCUCAUGUGGGCGAUGACGAAUCGGCACAAGACUAUUGCAAAGGUCCUCCUUGAUUAUGGUGCAUCGCCGGAUAUCAAGUCGUCCUCUGGUGGGACGGCCUUCGAUUUUGCACAGCCGGGGACGGAUAUUUCGAAAUAUCUGCAAGAAAAUGGGUAUCACUUUGGCGCAUCGGUGGCGGCGGGCGACUAUUAUGACUUUGGGUUCUCGCAUAACAGAUUUGAAGAGGAAAUGGCUGAGAAUGAAAUGAAGAGGCGAAUGAUGAUGGAGGAGAGUGCAAUUAAUCUGGAAGUCGACUUGUCGAGCCUGGGCCUUGAUGAGAAGCUCGAGUUGCCAGACGAUUUCGAAGACCAACAGGAAUUCCGUCAUCUUGCUGAACUAAUUCACGAAAUUUUUAUACUCAUCAUCCGGGAUGCAGAGCGGCGGAUGGACAAAGUUCUGGAUACAGCCAUGCUUGACCACGAAACCAUUCCCGGUUUUGAAGAUGUCCAUUUCCAGAACGAAUGGAAUCUGUUUCGCUCGCGAACGAAGAUUUUAGCACAGCUUCUAUACUGGUUAGGAGUGGAACUCUUCAACCGCAUUAUGACCACAAGACGAUAUCUUGCCCGAACAAAGGCUAUGCAGAUUCGGAUGAACGUGUCUGCACUAGAAGAUUGGGCACGUAACAACAAUCGACAACCAGAGCACUACGAGAACGGUUCUACAUUAUGCUCUGGUGAAACCACCGUAGAUUCUGCUCGAAAAUACCUAGCCCCAGUCAUCCAACUGCUUCAGUGGCUCCAGUGUUUCUCCUCACUGGGUGAUGACACCGAUUCCCUCACCAUGACCCUUCAACAACUCCAACAACUUACCCCGAGCCAGCUUCUGCAUGCCGUGAGACACUAUCGCCCCGAGGUGGGUGAGAAGGGCCUCCCAAAGGCGGCGAUGAAAUAUCUCCUUGAGGUACGAAAGGAGCCAUCCCUCCUCGCCCAGAUCCACCACCCACAAUCUCCAAUAACACAACCGGAAGAGAAAGUGCUUCCUCGUCUCCCUCCCGCUGCAGAUUCGAAAUCUACGCUACAAACCACUACAAACACCCACCCUUCCGAUGACAAACCUCCCAGAACCAUCUCCGCUGAUGGAGGUUCCGCAGCCGAGCCACCAACACAAUACCCAACAAAAAACCACCAAUCCACCAAUGCCAUCACCCAAUCACCUCCAUCAUCAUCGCCGCCUGGCCCUCCUUCAGUGUAUUCACUGAAACCAGACCCAGGAACGAUUCUACUAAACCCGACAAGCACUCUGCCUUUUUCACUGCCGACAAACACAGAUAUGCUUGUGAGCUAUGGUGCGGGGUUUGGAGGUGUCAAUCGAGAGAGAGCGAGAAAGUAUAUACCCACUGUGCCGACGGAGUUUCUGAAUAAGUUUGAUCGUGAAAUUGGAAAAAAAAUAGAUGACCUAGCCCUUCAAGGACUGUAUAGCUGGGAUUUUUGUGCGUUGAGGGCGAGGUUUAAAGCCCACCUGAACUGUGCGCAGACUAAAUUACCAAUGGCUAUAGUCAAAUUGCAUGUCUAUAUCCAACGGCGUAUAUUCACAAUUGAAAAUAUGGCAGUUGAUGUUCUGUUCCGCAAAAACUAUGUGGAACAGCGCUAUUCAUAUUGCCAGGGAAUCUACGAGAGUCUCCUGCUCUUAUUAGUGAUAAGAGCUAUCCACACCGGAAAUAUCCCGUUACUCCACGAGUGUAUAGAAAGGGCUACUGGAUUCUAUUUCAUCUCCCCACAAACUUCUUCCUAUGUUCAAUUACACUUCCGGUAUCCUAUCAUAACCACCGCUACAUACGAAUCAGUGCCGCUUGAUUGA